AUGGUCAAGAUCGAGCCCUUUGCAGUGGAGCAGUGGAUGGACGAGUAUGAGACCACGCCUGGCGUUCUCAACAUCGCCGAGACGUGUGCUGCGUCCGUCUCGAUUGACGACCUAGGAACUCUUUCCAAAAAUAGGAACCCCACAAAUCCUGUGAACCUCUCCACGAAACUCACCUACGGCGCCAUUAGGGGCUCAGAGAAACUACGAGGCUUGGUCGCCGCUCUGUUUGACAACGAGACUACUACACCUCUUUCAGCCGACAAGAUUUUAAUCACCCAGGGGGCUAUCGUAGCCAAUUUCCUCCUCCUGUACACCUUGAUUGGACCCGGAGAUCAUGUCAUUUGUGUCUACCCGACGUAUCAGCAGCUCUACGGCGUCCCGCAGAGCCUGGGCGCUGAGGUCUCCCUGUGGAAGCUCAAGUGGGAUAAUGGCUAUGUGCCAGACGUCACCGAGCUUGAGUCCUUGGUGAAGAGCAACACAAAGAUGAUCAUUCUCAACAACCCAAACAACCCAACGGGGGCAACCAUCCCAAAGGCCGCUCUCAGCUCCAUCGUCGAGUUCGCCCGAGCACGCGACAUAAUCAUCCUGAGCGACGAGGUCUACAGGCCGUUGUAUCACAGCCUGCCGUUCGACGGAGAUAUCCCGCCGUCCAUCUUGUCGUUUGGGUACGACAAGACCGUCUCAACGGGAUCCAUGUCUAAGGCAUGGGCUCUGGCGGGUAUUCGUCUGGGCUGGAUUGCGUCGCGAGACAAAGCCAUCAUCGACGUUGUGGCUGAGGCGCGCGACUACACGACCAUCAGCGUCUCGCAACUCGACGAUCAGGUUGCGAGCUAUGCUCUCUCCGACGCGGUGCGACCUGCCCUGAUCAAGAGGAACCUGGAGCUGGCGAGUACAAACCUCACUCUGCUUGGGGAGUUCGUUGACGGGCACAAGGGGUUAUGUAACUGGGUGAAGCCGACGGCGGGCACGACGGCGUUCAUCCAAUUCACAGAUGGUGGCAAGCCAGUGGAUGACGUGGCAUUUUGCCUAGACGUGCUGGACAAAACAAAAGUAAUGUUCCUUCCAGGCUCGAAAUGCUUUGGCCAUGAUCAGGACUUCAAGGGAUACGUUCGGAUCGGAUACGUGUCAGAGACGGACGUGCUGGUCGAGUCAUUAAAGAAGCUUGGAGAAUAUGUGAACAAGAACCUGUCGUCGUAG